AUGAACAUCCAUCAAAAGACAAUUAUAAGCCAGAUUAAAAUUAUUGUAGACCAGUGGGAAUUACAUAAUAACCUUAAAACAUUUUUACACCCAUCUAGCGAAUUUGAAAAAAAGUUUGCAUUUUCUGGAGUGAAAGAUGGUUGUCACAUACAAAUACAGCAACCACCAGGAAAUGCAUAUUAUUAUAACAGGAAUAAUGUCCUUUCAAAAGUUUUGGAAAAAAGUUCAACUGGUUAUGACGCUAGAAUUAAAUUACAAAAAUUAAGUGAAAAAUACUCUCUUUCAGACUUUUAUGCUAUAGAAGAUAUAACAGAACCAAAAUCACCAGAACCCAAUAUAACAAUUGAAAAUUUUGACAGUAAUGGUGAAAUAGCGAGUCCAACAGCACCAUGUUUAGCUGUCACAAUUGAUUCGGAAUAUAUAAAAGAUUGUAAAAAACGUCCAAAAAUCAGAAAAUUUUUAUUUUGUUAUGAACGUUUAAAAGAAAUCGAAACACUCGCUUUUACUGAAAUGGAAGAAGAGCAUAAAAAAUUGAAAACUCUUGAAUUAACUAAUUUAGAAAAUCAUUUAAAAGAUCUUGAAUCCCAAUAUCAACAAAUUUAUAUGAGUCUUAUUGAAAUCUAUUUUGAUACAGUAAGUCCAGAAAAUUAUUAUAUUGAAGAGGUGAAUGCAUUAAUGACAAAUGAAUUGAAACCAUUUUUAGAAGAAAUGCCUGAAAAAUAUGACAAAGAACAAAUGUUAAAAUUACAAAAUUGUAUGGAUAAUCAAAUAAGACCGUAUUUGAAAAAGAAAAGUUAUUUAAAUUCGGAAUUGUGGUUUCAGAUGAAAGUUUUUAAAUAUCGAACACAACCAAAAAUUGUUUUAGUAGAUCCAACAUUUCCAAAAGAUCGCACAAAUAUAUUAAAAGAAAAAGCAAAUACACUUUUUGAACAAUGGUCAAAGCAAUAUAAAUCAAAUAAAAUUAUGGCUCAAUAUGAUGCAACAAUCUCAACAAUAUUAAGCAAACUUGAAACUGACGAAGAAAAACAGGUGAAGUUAUUUGUUACAAGUUCAUCAAAAAAAAAUGCGGCAAAUAAAGCAUUAAAUGUUGAAGAAAAAAUUGGAAAAAUUCAAGAUCUUAUUAUGGAAUUUCUACAUCAACUAGAUGAUAUGCCGCCAAAUUUAUUAAAAAGUACCGAAAGAAGCGUACGUUAUAGAUUAGGAAAACAAAAGAAGAAAGCCAAAAAUGCUUUAGUUUUACAAACACGAUUCCAAAAUCUCUUAAAUCAUUACAAAAAUCAUUUUAAGAAACAAAAUAUUUCUAAAGAUUAUAUUACUCUUAUACCAAGAGAAAGAAGCAAGCCGAAAAAAUGA